UGGUCGAGGGGAAUUUACAGUAGGACCUAAACAGUGACAGAAGGCGAGAGAGCAACGUUUGAACAAGUGAUUGAGGUAUUUUCUGAUAAUAUCUCGGCUCCUAUUUGGACUUCACUUGAACAACGUGUUCUGAUUCAAUAAAGACAAGAUCUUAGUUCAAUAAGUGCUACAAUGGACGUCCUUCAGAGGAGAGUGGUUCAGGAGGACAUGGUUCAGUACAAACUCUUCUUGAUCAAGCCAGCUGCUUUAACUUCACAGCAGAUUGAGGAGCAUCUCACACAUUUCGUGGAAGAGAUUUUGGCAAAGGUUGCUCCCCUCUUGAUACAAUACAUCUGGCAUCAUCAUCCUUUCAACCUCAAGUAUUUUCCUGAGAAAGGAGAUGUCCCUGCUCACAUUGGAGGUAGUACUCAGUUUGCAGACAAUGGAGACGAGUGGUUCGUUGUUUACCUGCUGCAGCAAAUUACAGAGGCCUUUCCAGAUCUUGCAGCCAGCAUUGAGGACAAUGAUGGGGAGUUUCUUCUGAUUGAAGCAGCAGAUUAUCUUCCCAAGUGGCUGAAUCCCGAUACCAGUGAAAACAGGGUCUUCCUCUAUAGGGGAGAGCUACACAUUCUGCCCUGUCCCUCCAAAUCCUGUCCAGUGGGGGCUUCAAAAGAUGUGGUACCAAGUGUGGCACAAGCUCUAGCACUGCUCUCCAACCACCCAGAGGCCUGCAGAGCAAACCCCAAAAUUUGUUCAGCCCUGAGGAAGCGACUAGAAGGGUACCCAGAAAAGAUUCAAACCUCCCUCCAUCGUGCUCACUGCUUCAUACCUGCAGGGGUUGCAACAGUUCUAGCACAGCGACCGGACCUGGUUGCCCCUGCAGUUUCAGCAUUUUACCUGCGGGAUCCGGUCGACCUGCAGGCGUGUCGAAGCUUCAAGGCCUUUCCACCUGAUACACGAGUCUUAACCUCGGUGACAUUCACACGCUGCCUGUACGCUCAGCUGCAGCAGCAACAGUUCACGCCAGACCGGAGAAGCGGCUUCACCCUUCCUCCUCGCUCUCAUCCGCAGCACAAAGCCCAUGAGCUCGGCAUGAAACUGGCCCAUGGAUUUGAGAUCCUGUGCUCAAAGUGCAGACUGCCAUCUUCAGAGCCUGAUGCCCCUGUCAGUUGUAACCCUCAGUGGAAAAGCUUCAUAAACAGUCUGAAGAACGGCUACUUCCGGGGAGAACUGGAGGGUUCGGCCAGUUAUAGAGAACUUACAAAAUCUGCAGAAAACUUCUUCAAACAGAGCGUCGCCUCCAAAUCAAGUGCGUCAUCCCCAGGAGAGGAGGUUCUCCAGCUGCUGCACAGCUGCACUCCAUUCAACUUGGAGGAGCUGAGGAAACAAGAGUCAGAGCUCCCCCUGGAGGACAGUGAUAGCUGGAUGGAUAUCACAGCACAGGACUUGGAGCGCAUGUUGCAGGAGAGGAGUGGGGGGCGGGCCGGUGUUGGCAGCCAAAAGUCCAGCUCCACCAAACAAAGGCAGCAUGUCGGGGCGGCAGAGGAGAGGAGGAAGGAGACAGAGGACAGCAGGGAGGAAGAGGACGAGGAGGCAGGUUACAGCCUGGUAGCAGUCAGUCAGGGGAUGAAGAAGUUCCUCAACGCAAUGUCAUCGCACGAGGGAGCUGAACUGCCCUGGAGCAGUUCAACUCAGCCUUUUAGUUUUGACCCUGACUCCAUGGCCAGUGCGCUAGACAAUCUUCUGGGAAGCAAAGAAGAAGAGCUCGAUUCAGAUGAUCUAGAUGAUGAAGAUGAUGAUGAGGAAGAGGAGGAGGAGGAGGAAGAGAAAGAAGAGGGUUUAUCUGGUCAUGCAGAGACGAACGGGACAGAAACUCUGGAUGGUCUCAGGAGUUACAUGGAUCAAAUGGACCAGGAGCUGAUGGGCACAAAUAUAGGACAAAGCUUCAAUGUGACGAAUUACAGCAAGGCAGGCUUUGAAAACGGCUCCCCACAUCCCUCAGCAAAAGACAAUUUGCCGACACAAGACGGGAUCGAAGACACAGACGAGGAGAUUCAGCCUCUUGAUGUCGAUCUCAAUCUGGUGACAAACCUGCUGGAGUCUCUCAGCUGCCAGGCCGGACUGGCUGGGCCGGCUUCUAACCUGCUGCAGAGUCUUGGACUACAUCUACCACCAAACUCAGACCCCUCCUAAAGGACGGGAGGUAGACUCAUCAUUAAUAAUGCAGUGGUUUCAGAAUUAGUGCCGAUGAAGCACUCAUGGGUGUUUCACAUGUCCUGCAGAGCUUUUAUUCAGAACAAAACAUGGUUUUGUGUGCAUUAAGUUUUUCUUAACAAAAAAAUGUCAUCUGCACUGUAGAUCUGUAUUUUCUUAGGAAUGAGGAAAACAUCAUAAAUAUUAGUAUCCUUUUUUUAACAGAUAUAUUCAAACCUGUUGUGUUUGUAGUUUAUAAUGUAAAAAUACGAAAAAGUUCAAGGGAGCGAUAACACAAGACAAGCUUAAAACAUUAUUAAAAACAAAUACAAUUAACACACCAAAACAAAAAACUACAAUUAUUUACAGGAUUUACACAACUUAACCUUCACUUUGAUAGCAGUGUUAGAAAGAAGACGUGUAUCCCCAGGUUCAAGUGUGAAUACUGAUGAUUGAUGUACGUGUUUUCAUCUUCCUUAAUACUGCAAAUUUAGUCUAUGAACAUCUAGAAUAACUUUGUGGAACAACUUUUAAGCUUUUAAGGCCGGUUUAAUCAGGGCCAUGCUGCAGAAGCACGUAACACAACAUGUCAUUAGUUUCCAUGUUUGAAGAAAUCACAGUGCCAGACUCAACAGCCGGUAACGUCGGGAGUUUUAAUGCAGACUGCUUUGUGUAUAGUUGACUGCAACUCGAUUCAGUUGUUUGAAAAAGAAUAAAUAUUUUUGGAAUAAAGUCUUCAUUCAG